GGUAGUGAGCUCGACAAAACCGCAACCGUGCACUCGUGGAACAGAUAGCACCGGCUCUCUGGUGGUGCUUUGGAGAAGUUGACAACAAACUCAUUCGGAUUAUACUUUUCACGUUUAAUCUUUCGCCAUUGGUGUUGCGGCCGAAUUUUUUUCUGGCCAGCUAGCACAGCGGUUCGGAAGAUGUUAGGGAAGUGCCGGAUCUUAGUUGCUUUAUGUUUUUUGUUUGUGAUGAAACUGGACGUGAAUGGAACAUCAACUUUGCGGAGGAGAUUGCCGGCACCUCUGCCGCCCGUCGAUGAGGACAUGCCGCAAGAAGGCUGGAUGGCAGCCGGACAUUCCAGUCCUGUUCUAUUUCUGCCGGACGCUCGUGAUGCAGUGGAUGUGGAAGCAGCAGAUGAUUUCGAGGAGGAAGAAUUUCCAACCACGUUAACUUCUGAUGCUAGAAAUGUUAAAGUACAGCCUACAUUCGAUGAAAACAGUACGAGUGAAGUUUCUGUUCCUUUGCGCACCGAUCUUCGGCUGGAACGCUCAUUGGUCAACGUAACGCGAGAGAGCGGGGAGAGCGUGAAAAUGCGGUGCGAUGUCCGAGGACAAGGACCCGUCCAUUUUCGAUGGUAUAAGAAUGAGGCCCCUGUCGAAGAGGAAAAGGGCCGAGUAGAGAUCAAGAAAUACAAUCCUGGUCCUGGACGGGUCGGAUCAAGACUUCGGAUAUCAAAUUUAGAUAUCCAUGACACAGGCUAUUACAAAUGUGAGGCCCAUAGUGGAGGGCAGGAACCUGCAAAUGAUGAUUCGGGAGAACCCCGUCAUCUCCCGCGUGUAGAAUCAACGGGCAUUCUCAUAGUUAGAGCCGGUCGCAUACAGCCUCCAGCGACGAUUCCAAAUUUCCCACCCGUUUUUCCGCAUUUUCCCGCCCUUGGUGGAACUUUGCCAGAGGUAGAGCAACAGAAUGCUGCUGGUUUCUGCCAUCUGUAUCGUGGUGUCACAUGCGUUCAGUUUAUUGGCAACAGGACUGUGUAUGUUAAAUCAUCACUCAGUCUCAGUCAUAUGGAAGAAAAAUUGACUGCAGCCUUCACUGUUAUUGCCACUUCCCAUGAUGUUUCGGAAGAAUGUCACAAGUAUGCAAUUCCAUCUUUAUGCUUUUUUGCAUUUCCAUUAUGUGAUACUGACAGUCCAUAUCCAAUGCCAAGGCAAGUGUGUAGAGAUGAGUGUGAGGUGCUGGAAAGUAAUAUUUGCAGAAUGGAAUAUUCUAUUGCAAAACGACACCCACUGCUCGGACAGCAGAAAAUUCUGCCUGUUUGUGAGGAAUUGCCUCCUGUUGGAUCCAAAGAAAGUGAAACUUGCAUGCGUUUGGGAAUUCCUAAUACUGUUUUGGUGGAUAGAGAGGAUACUUGCUUUGAAGGAAAUGGUGAGAAAUAUAGAGGUACAAUAUCCACUACAGUCUCUGGAUUAAGGUGUCAGCCUUGGAGCGAUCAAAUCUUUUACAAGACUGCAGAUUAUCCAGAAUUAGUAGGCGGUCAUAGUUAUUGUAGGAAUCCGGGUGGCAAAGAAACACAACCUUGGUGCUUUACUACUGAUCCAAAUGUCAGGAAAGAAAUCUGCAAUGUACCACAGUGUGUUGACUAUUUGUGGUUAUAUAUUUUGGUUCCUACAAUUGCCUUGGUUGCAAUUUUGGGGUUGUUGCUGGGAUUAUGGUGUGUCCGUAGACGUACCAAACCUUCUCCUAAACCUGUAGCGAAAAAUUCCAAAAUGCCUGUGCGUCCAAUUAGUCAACAAGGUCCACAUCAGCAAAUGGAAAUGAAAACUUUAAUUCCACGUCCAAAUCUACGUGUGCCCGAAGUUCCUAGGAAUUCUAUAAGAUUUCUGCAGGAACUCGGUGAAGGAGCUUUUGGUAAAGUCUAUUGUGGAGAAUUAUUGAGUCUACAUGGAAAUGGUAGUGUCACUGCUGUGGCAAUCAAAACUUUAAAAGAAAAUGCUACAUUAAAAACACAGCAUGAUUUUCAGAGGGAAGCAGAACUAAUGUCUGAUCUGCAUCAUCCUAAUAUAGUUUGUCUCUUAGGUGUAUGUUUGAGAGAAGAACCUAUGUGCAUGCUCUUUGAAUAUAUGUCACAAGGAGAUUUGCAUGAAUAUUUAAUUUUACACUCUCCAAGAUCAGAUGUUUCUGCCAGCAGUGAAGAUGGCACUCUUCAAAUUUUGGAGCUUCCCGAUUUCUUAUAUAUCGCAAAACAAAUAGCUGCAGGAAUGGAAUAUCUCUCUGGUCAUCACUAUGUACACAGAGACUUAGCUGCUAGAAACUGCUUAGUUGGAGAUAAUUUGACAGUCAAAAUUUCAGAUUUUGGAUUGUCUCGUGAUAUCUAUUCUUCUGAUUACUAUAGAGUUCAGUCAAAAUCACUUUUGCCAGUGAGAUGGAUGCCACCUGAAUCCAUACUGUAUGGCAAAUUUACUACCGAGAGUGAUGUUUGGUCAUUUGGUGUGGUUUUAUGGGAAACAUUUAGUUAUGGCUUGCAACCUUAUUAUGGGUAUAAUAACCAAGAAGUCAUAGAUAUGAUUCGUUCCCGUCAAUUAUUGUUACGCCCGGAAGAUUGCCCCGCUCAUAUAUAUGCCAUGAUGAUUGAAUGUUGGCAUGAAAUACCAUCUCAGCGGCCAACAUUUAAGGAACUUCAUACUCUCCUCAGCAGUUGGCAUUCAAAAACAAUGAGUGUUACCCAUUCUGGUAGUACUACCCAGAAUGUCAGUCAGCAUAGUAGCACAGGUCCUAGCAAUAAUACUGGAUCUACGAACAUGACCAAUGCUAGCACUGCCACAGCACCUCUUGUAACUACAGGAAUACAUGUUCCUGUUUUCCCUCAAGCUAUUUUUUCUAAUGCUGGAUCAAAUUUGUUGCAACAGAAACUUGGAAAUAACCAUCAUAUGGUGCUUGGUCCUCAUAUUUUAUCUAAUCCAUUUCCCAAUGACCAACUGAAUGUCAUGUCUUUGCCAAGGCCUACAACCCCUAAUGUUAGGCAACUGCCACCUCAAGUGAUACCACCGUAUCACAUGUCUGAUGGAAAAGUUUCUAAAGUAUGAUUUCUAGAAAAAUUUUCAAAGGAGAAAACUUUUGAGAUAAUGCAUCUGCAUAUUCCCAGUAGAUUGGUUCCACCCGAGAACGGAGCAGAAAACAUUGAAGUCAAAGAUUUUGCAAGUUUCCAGGAACUUUUCUGUGUAGUGUUUCCGAAUAUAACCAGUCUGUUGAUUGAAAGCAACAGAAUAAUGGAAACUACCUCGCGUACUAGUCCAGUAAUGAUCUGCUUCAAUUGUACACAGUAUGUGAAUUGAGAGGAUAAUUUUUUUUUACCUCCCACUGAGAGCUUUAUUUUAACAAAGUUUUAACACAGAGCUUGUACUGUUUUAGUCCACAGUUCUCAAAACAUAGUUAAUAUGUAAAAAAAAAAAAAACUUUUAAGAGGGGAAAAAAACUUUUUUGAGCAGCAAGCCAUUUCAGGCUUGUGAAAAUAAUUUAUUUAGAUGUCUUUUUUUAAAAUGAUGUAUUAAUAUGUAAAGACUUUUCACAGAAUUGCAGCUUUCCAAAAUUGGAUAUGAAAAUGGAUUUUGCCUUGUUUAAGCAGUACCAGUGUAAGUUCCAAAUAGUUGGUGUUCACAUUUUUUAAAGAUAUAAAAUAUGCCAGAAACCAUAUAGUUUAGAAUAAAAUAGUGCCCAUUUCAUAGUGAUUGAAGAAGUUAAAUGAAUGUAUUUGUAAAUGUGUAAAUAUGUGAUACUAAUACAGAAUAUUGGUAAAAUUAGUCUCAAGUUUUAUGAAGAGUAAAUAUCGAUUUCAUACCAUGUCAUGAAAAGACUCAUCAACAUCUUUAGUCCAUGUAAUGAAUUAGAAAAUACUUUAAUUGUUAAGACAUUAUCCAUAUAUUUUUAUAUAAGAAGGUUUUGUAAAAAAAAGGGGGGGGAACUAGUAUUUUUUUGUAGCUUUUAGGAUGAGUCAGAAAAUAUUAGUUUUUAGAAUGGGAAAAUAUAUUGAAUAAGGCAAGUCCAUUUUCAUUUUCAAAAUGUAUGUGGAGUGACUAAAACUUACCCUGUAAAAAAGUCUAACUUUUUAAUGCAAUGUACAGAAAUGUUUUAUAUGUAUAAAUUUUUACUUUUAUAGUAUUUAUUUAUUCCUUUCCAUUUUGCACACUUUUCUUAAAAUGCUGAUGGUGUUAUAUAUAAGUUUUCUUCAAAAAUUAUAACUUAACCUUAAAAAUAUGCAUUUUCACCAGUUAUGAAUUAUUUUUUGUAGCUGCAUAUCUGAUUUCAUAAUUUUUACUGCUCAAAACUUAUUUGAUGAAUUUGAUAUCGCAUACCAAAUUCAUGCUGUGUUUGGUUGUGUGUGCUUUGUUUCUUUUGGUGAUAUGGAAACAUCAAAAUUGUGAAAUGUUAAUGUCAAAUGUUAAGAUGAAUGAAAUCAUUACGACUUUAUAUUUAAUCGUUAGUGAAAUUUUUAAGAUAAAGCAAUAACACUCGGACAUCCCUGCAUUUUUUCACUUUGAAUAUCAUCAUACCAUUUUUUAAUGUUUGUUUUCAUUUAACUUGUAUAAAGAUCUUGAGAUUCUCAUUUACUAGCAUUUAAUUUUUGCAUUCUCUGUUAUUUACAGAAUCAUUUAUCCAUCAGCAUUUCAUAUUUAUUGUACAGUUACAUGAUUUAAUUUUUCUUAUUGCAUAGUUUCAUAAUUUUAUACAUAGUCGUUGUGUUUCCUAAAUGUUUUUGAUAAAUUUAUCAGAGCUUCAAAUGUGACUUUGGCUUGUGAAGUGUUGUUUGUCAGAAUAUGCCAGUUGAAUAAAAUUUUGUAUAUAAUUGAAAUUUUUAAGAAGCUUGUCAUGUUAGUCGCUUUCUGAAAUUCACUUGCACAGUAUGGAGAUUCAAUUUUUAUUUCUUUGACACAUUUUGAUAUUUGAUGAGUGUGCUUUACUUUUCUUUAAUUCACAUUAUUUAAAAUUAUGAUGAAAUUUAUUAUAUGUAAAUAUUUUAAAAGUUUUGUAGCAGCAGCAAAUGCUUUUUCUAAUUUACAUAAGUUGACUUUUAGCUAUAAUUUUAUUAAUUUCAUAUGCCACUAAAAUACUCAAUUUGAAGUAGUUUUAAAAUUUGGAAAUACAUUUUUUUUUUUUUUUUAUUUUAACCUUAGGAAUUAAGAGUUAAAUAACUGGACUUUGUAUAAGUAAAAUUCAUUCAUUCCAUGGCUACCUCGUUUAAAAUUCCGAAGCAAUAUUUUUUAAAAUACAGUAUUCUUUAGAAAUAAUAAUAAUAAUAAUAAUAAAACUUCCAAAAUUAAAGCACUGAAAAAUAACUUACUUUUAAUACCUUUAAAAACUAGUUUCACUUUUAUUCAAAAGAUAAAUGUUGAUAAAAUUGGUUAAAUUUUUGGAAUAUGAAUUAGGAUUAAGGACACAUUUUCUGUUAAUGCUAUUUUAAGGUAUAAAAAUGUUUGCUGCCAUAAAUUUCAGUGCCAUAUUUUAAGUGUCUGGCUAGUCAGUGUUUAUUGUACCAAAGAUUUCUCUGUUAUGAUCCAGUAUGUCUGUAUUUUAUUCAUGAGAAUAAAAUUUUCACACACUUUUGUGAAUA